AUGCCAGUUAUUUUAAUAUCAAAGCCAUGUCCUUAGAGACGAAUAACUUAAACAAACCGAGCAUUAUAAUUCAUGUAUGCAGUGAGCACGUUAUCGUGUUACAAUAUGUAUCUACAGGAGCGGUGACUCGUGCCUAUUUAGCAAUGUAAAUAUGCUUCUUUUUUCUUAACGUUAACUUAACAUUGUUUCUCUAUAAUGCUUAGGAUAAAUUAAAAAAUCGCUUUAAAAAAAGGAAAACACAUUGUUGGUCUGCAGCAAAAAGGCUUAAAGUGUCUGUGAAACCACGCCCACUGCUUUGGAGAGAAUCAAGGUCAUUCACAAAUUCACCAUCAGCUGUGCGCAAUUGUCUUCGCCAGCCAAUGGGCGAAGAGGUACGCUGAUCUCCCAUCCCCGCAGCUGUGAUUAGCAAAGCUUGUGGGAGCUGGGGACGGAGAGGAGCGGUUGAGCUUGAAGGUGAGGUCAUCGGUGUUACAGUCAGAACUUCAUGGACUAGGCCGGAGGCGUAUUGGUGGUGAUUCACCAGAACGGUACUGCGCAGGUCUACGUGUUCGCGCAAUAUCCCCAUCUCCAAAACAAACCGGACAGUUCGUGGUUGGAGAGCUUCUCCCAUCCCUCUUUGGUGUGCGCUGAACUUUUUUAAGAAACUUUUUAGAUUUGGGAUCCACGUUAUUGAUUAUCUCUCACGCAGUUUGGAAGAUGUCUGAAAGGUCGCAGAGUCCGGAGUGCCAGAUCAGGCCGUACGACUAUAGUCGGACCAACCCAUGCACCCAGGUUUUGGGUCAUGAUGGUUCGGGCGGCUCUGCGUCAUUCCAGCUUCCCCACGGCAUGCUGCCGGACCCGGGCCUCUUCUACAACAAAGCCGCUUACGGUGGCAUCCCACCAGCAUCCGCGCAGACCUUCUUCGCCUUCCCGCCCGUCACCAGCGACUACAGGGGAUCCGAUCUCCAGGCUGGAGAGUUUGGGCAACCCAAGCACUGGUAUCCGUUCGCCGGGCCCGAGUACACCGGCCAGGUACCCGUUGUAACGGUCGCCACCCAGCCUACCAACCUGAGUCCCUCCAUUGCCGAGACCCGGGAGCAAAUCAAGCUCCCCGACAUAAAGACUGAGAAGGACACCAGCAAUGACUACUCGACGGAGAUUAAGGUUCAGCAGUACUCCACGGCGCCGGCCUCCGCCGCCAUGUCCCAUGGAGUCUUCUACUCUCCGGCCUGGAACCCGUCCUUCUGGCCCGGGAUCACCCACAUUACAGCCCCCGGUAGCAGUAAUCAAAAUCCUUCAACAUCAUCUGCGUCUUCCCCAUCUAUGUCCCCCUCUCCCCCAAGCAACGGCCUGCCAGGGAACGCAUUUUUUAGCGUCAACACUACCCAGACGGCCGCGGGUCCCCAGACGCAGAACCCGGCCUCCUCCACGCGGAGCAGCGGCUCCUCCAGCGGCGGCUGCAGCGACUCUGAGGAGGAGAAUCUUUCCACAGAGGAGCUGGAGCUGUUCGCCAAGGACCUGAAACACAAGCGCAUUACCUUGGGGUUCACUCAAGCCGAUGUUGGCCUUGCCCUGGGUAACCUUUAUGGUAAGAUGUUCAGCCAGACCACCAUUUGCCGCUUUGAGGCUCUGCAGCUCAGCUUUAAGAACAUGUGCAAGCUGAAGCCUCUCCUUCAGAGAUGGCUGAACGAGGCCGAGACCUCGGACAAUCCCCAGGAUAUGUACAAGAUUGAGAGGGUAUUUGUUGACACCAGAAAGAGGAAGAGAAGGACCAGUCUGGAGGGAGCUGUGCGCUCUGCUCUGGAGUCUUACUUUAUCAAGUGUCCCAAGCCCAACACCCAAGAAAUCACACACAUCUCGGAUGACCUCGGUCUGGAGAGGGAUGUUGUCCGUGUGUGGUUCUGCAACCGAAGACAGAAGGGCAAGCGCCUGGCCUUGCCUCUAGACGAGGAGUGCGACGGCCAAUACUACGAGCAGAGUCCUUCCCCACUGAACAUGGUCACCUCCCCCAUUUCCAGUCAGGGCUACCCUACAUCCAGCUACCACGGUGCCCCUCCUCCGACACUCUACAUGCCCCCGCUUCAUCGGCCUGACCUCUUGAAGCAAACCCUGCACCCUGGACUUGUUGGUCACCUGACUGGAUAAACUCAGGAGCCAGAUUGCCUUCCCGCGCCUCUGUCCAACCUCGACUAAAAGCUGAAGACGAGCCUCUCCACCCAGUCCCCAGAUCAUGGGAUGGAAGCGGUCCAAGUGGGGAGGCUCGUCUACUGGCCGCAGCAGGGUGAUUGAUGAAAGUGUUCCUGUUUUGAUGGUGAAAUGUAUCAAACUGCCACGGGCAACAUCCUCUUACAAUGACCAGCAACUGCUUCAACCUAAAAGCAAGCAUUUAAAACUGAAUAUGCCUGUUUUCUUGGAUAAUGCGUAGUAAGUUAUUCAAUAGGCUUUAUUUAUCAUUUCAUGUUUAGAACGAUGUCAAAAGGAGGUUUUGAUGACUUGUUACAAUACGUGGUCCAGUUGUUGGCUGAGAAUGGUUGUAAAUGGGAGCUGAGUUAAAGAGCCAAGGACUUCAGUUUUUGUUAAAUCCCGGGCAUGUUUUCUGUGACGCAGGUGAGGAAAGAUCGACGGCUCAUCAAUGUUUGUGCAAUACUUUCUUUGUUUAAUCUGAAUAGAGCAGCUGCUGUAUUUGUCUGAUCUGCAAAGUUUCCCACGUUUUUGCACAAAGUUGCCUUUUUGUAUUGGAAAAUAUAUCUGUUUUUGUUUCUUUCUUUUUAUUUUUCUAUAAAAGAAAAUGCCCUGCUUGUAUACUGAACAUGGGUUUUGACCUUAAAGUUGUUGCUAAUCAGUCUUUCGCCAAUAUCGUUGGCAUCAUUUAAGGGGGGGGGGGGGUGAUUUUAAGUAAUUUCAGGAAAGGUGAUAACUUGUUACGCGUGUUUUAGCUGCUAAUCUGCCAUUUGCACACAAUAUUUUUCUCAAUGUCUCAGGUGAAUUGUGAUAUUAGGUCAACUCUGACCCAGCUCAAUUGUGCUGUCAAACUGUAUUUCAUUAGUGCUUGUUUUGUUUUUAUUGUAAAGGAUUUUUAUGUUUAUGAAAUGAUGAAUAACACCAAAUACUUGAGACUGCUUAGUGGAGUAUUUCUCUCGGCUGGUCUUGU